CUUUCGCAGGAACGGAAGCACAUGCUGCAGUAUGGCGGCCUGCACGAAAUUCAUUCAGCCAGCUGAGUCUCGGCGUAGCCUGCCUCUUGGCUUGACUUGUCUUUGGCCCAAUGCGUGGACUUGAGGCUGCAUACGCCCAGAUGCCAAGCACAAGGACGUACCUGGGUAUCCCAGACGAAGCUAUUCCCGAGGCUCAGGAUUCUGUGCUCGAUUACACGACAAGCAAAAUCGGAGGAAAGCUUGCAUGGCCUGAAGGGCUUGGAAGGCCUCACCUGGAUUGCACAGUGUGCAAAAGUCAAUUAGUUUUGGCCCUGACCAUAUAUGCACCUCUGGAAGCUUCUGAAUACCACAGGACUCUAUACUUCUUCACAUGCAUCAGAGGGGCUCAUGGGUGGUGUUGCUUGAGGACACAAGUUCUUAGUGUUUGCAAGACAGCAAAGGAAGAUCUGGCACAAGGCUCCAUUAUUUCAGGAGUUGAGUCUUGGCUGGAUGGAGCAGAUGACUGGGGAGAGGCUCCUGCAGAGGAAGAAGAAGAAGGUAGAACAUCUGCAUCUGUAACAGAAUCAGUUGAUGCCUGCCAGCCUCCAGAUGAGAUGGUAUUGGGUGACAUGGCUGCACUGUCUAUGUUUGAAACCGCUCAGUCACAGGAUCUCAGUGGAGAAGGUGAUACAUCUGCAUGGGUAGAAGAUACUGAAGGAGGAAGCGGUCAUGGUCCUAUUGUUCUUGAGAGUGACAUGUUAGUGGAGUCAUCUGACAUACCAGACCUGCUUCAAGCCUCUUCCAAACUUCCUCCACAAGCAGAUCAGGCCACCUUUACAUUCCAUCCCAGGUACAUAUCAGUAAUAGAAGAACCAGUUUUGGCCUCAAAGAAGGAGGAUGAUCAUGUGGAGGGGAAAACAAGGAGGAAAGGAAAGAAUUCCCCUGGCUCUGAUGCCUGGGGACAGGAGUCUUAUGAAAAACCUGCUCCACGUCAUGGAGAUAGUAAUUUCUAUCACUUCAUUCAAGUUGUCCAGGAACACAAUCAAUGUAAAGAGCAGAUAAUACGAACCAUCACUAGCCCUGUCUGUUUUCUGCAGGCCAUGUCCACCAUCCUUUUGCUCACCCCAGCUGUCUCUAAAGCAAAGCUUGUGAAGAGGAGGAAUGUGGAAUAA